UUACUGAAAAAAGGGAGAUGUUGAUAAUCGAUUAAUAUUUGUAUCUAUGAUAAAUAUUUCGAUAAUCGAGUAAGGUCGAUGAUUGCCCACUUACUCUUUUUCCAGCAACAUCAGUUGUCAUUAAGUAAGAAUAUAAAAAUAAAGACAUUUAAUAAAGUCAAUCUUUAAUUUAAUAAAAAUAAACAACACCUAAGCAAAUAAAGGAAGAUCUUCGCUUGUGGUUUAAGGGCAAGAAAAAUUUCGUUUUGGCAUCCCUAUGAUAUGGCUUGAACAAAAAAGUCAUACAACCAACUGCUACUUCUACACAGUAGAUGUAAAAGGAUUUAAUACAAAAAAUAAAAAGAAAAUAUUUUAUCCUAACCUUGAUUCAGCUAUUCGUCCAGUACCCCAUGGCCCUGAAAUACCAGUUCCACAACCACCUUCUAAUUUAGAUGAUAUUCUGUGUGAGUCAGAAGAAUCAGACACAUCAGCUUCCCAGGACGAAUCUAGCCCGUAUUUUCCUGUUGACGAGGGACCUCAACUGUUUUCUCAGGGUGAGCUGAACGACCUUGUAAGAGACUUAGGACUUUCAAAGGAUGCAGCCGAACUGCUAGGAUCAAGGCUGAAAAACAAAAAAUUGCUGUCACCUGGGACCUCAUUUUCGUGGUACAGGCAUCGAGAGAAGAAUUUCACGCAGUUUUUCUCCAAAGAGAGCAAUCUGAUUUAUUGUGACGAUGUCUAUGGACUCAUGAGGAGUUUUAAAAUAGAAUAUCAUUCAUCAUAAUGGC